UGAGUCUCUCUGUGUGAGUUUGUGUGUGUGUGAGUCUCUCUGUGUGAGUCUGUGUGUGUGUGAGUCUCUCUGUGUGAGCCUCUCUGUGCGUGAGUCCCUCUGUGUGAGUCUGUGUGAGUCUCUCUGUGUGUGAGUCUCUCUGCGUGAGUCUGUGUGUGUGUGCGACUUUCUGUGUGAGUCUGUCUGUGUGUGAGUAUCUCUGUAUGAGUCUGUGUGUGUGAGACUCUCUGUGUGAGUCUGUGUGUGAGUCUCUCUGUUAGUGAGUCUGUGUGUGUGUGAGACUCUCUGCGUGUGAGUUUCUCUAUGUAUGUCUGUGUGUGAGUCUCUCUGUGAGUGAAUCUGUGUGUGUGAGACUCACUGUAUGAGUCUGUGUGUGUGUCUAUCUGUGUGAGUCUAUGUGUGUCUGUGUGUGAGUUUCUCUGUGUGCGAGUUUCUCUGUGAGUGAAUCUGUGUGUGUGUGUGAGACUGUCUGUAUGAGUCUAUGUGUGAGUCUAUCUGUGUGAGUCUGUGUGUGUCGGUGUGUGAGUUUCUCUGUGUGCGAGUUUCUCUGUGAGUGAAUCUGUGUGUGUGUGUGAGACUGUCUGUAUGAGUCUAUGUGUGAGUCUAUCUGUGUGAGUCUGUGUGUGUCGGUGUGUGAGUUUCUCUGUGUAUGAGUCUCUCUGUGAGUGAGUCUGUGUGUGUGUGAAACUCUCUGUAUGAGUCUAUGUGUGAGUCUAUCUGUGUGAGUCUGUGUGUGUCUGUAUGAGUCUCUCUGUGUGUGAGUCUCUCUGUGAGUGAGUAGGUGGCAGGGUGAGUGGAUCUUAAAGUGGGAGAGUAGGUGCACGGCUGGGUGAGUUAGUGAGUAGAUGGAUGAGUGAGUGGGUGGGUGAGUGUGUGGGUGCGUGGAUGUGUGGGUGGGUGAGUGUGUGUGGGUUGGAGGUUAGGUACCAUCGGACACUCCACCUCCACAACUCCCAAUCGGUGAUGGGGCAGUUGUGGAGAGAGUGGAGAGUUUCCCAUACCUGGGCAGUGUGCUUAUGACCGGCUCCAGUUUAUCAGCAGAGGUCUCUUUUCAUCGGUUGCGUAACGCUGUGUGGAAGCUACCUGGUCUGUCACUCCGCACGAAGCUUCAGGUCUUCUCGGCCACGGUCAUUCCCUCCCUUCUCUACGCUUGUGAAAUGUGGACCCCCCUAAUGGAGCAUCUUCGCCGGUUGGAAACAUUUAGGCUGGCCUGCCUACGAUCCAUCCUGGGUUUAACCAGGCUGGAUUGUGUGAGGAGCUCACAAAUCCUUGAAAGAUCUGGGCAAAGUCCCAUCGGUGAGCUCCUCCGGCAGGCAAGGCUGCGUUGGCUGGGUCAUGUAGCCCGCAUGCCCAGCCACCGCAUGCCUUAACAGCUUUUGUUCGGCACGGAUCGAGGGGGCUAAACGGGCGCGGCACGGGCUAGAGAAGAGAUGGAGUGAUGUGGUACAGGAGGACGUGGAGCUGAGUGGACUUGCCGAUGACUGGUACCAGCGGUGUCAAGAUUGGCCUCAGUGGAGGAGGCUCGUGAAGAACGCUACUGGCCAGUUGGAGGCAGUUGCCUUCCAACAACAACGGAGGGCGGAUGAGCGACGCUCACAACAACGAGCUCGAUGGAGACCCGGACCGCGCGAGAGACACCGUGAGCUCUGAGCACCCUCGUCUGCAAGUUGCUACCAGGGAGAUCAGCCGAGCUGGAGAGGCUCGGAGUAAUGGCGAGUCUUGCACCACGUGGAGUGCGCUGUCCUCAGCGCGCACCGCCUCCAUCCGCAGCAAGUCGCCACAAGCAAUCCUGGUUCUCUUUGGCCCUCAAAUGACCCACCGGGAGAAGCUGGAGCUUGCAGCCAUACAGGAAGUAUGGUACUUUGCGCUCCGCAACAGAUCCCGGGGACCAAACAACGCUGGAUACGACGACCACGAACAUCAUUACAUUCCGGUCCAGCAUGAGCACCUCCACUACCGCUAUGAGGUGCUGAAGAAGAUUGGGUAUGGAGGUCAAGGCCAGGUGAUCCGGUGCCUUGACCACAUGAGGAACACCCUGGUGGCCGUGAAGAUCUUGGUAUCACCAUUGAGCUCCAAGCGUGAUACAUUUCAGAGAAUGGAGAUCAAGAUGGCUCUGGAACUUCAGGGCGAGGGCAGUGAUGAGGACUACAACGUCGUCAAAGUCCUGAACCAAUUUGACUUCAGAGGACACCACUGCAUUGUCCUGGAGCUGUUGAAGGAGAGCCUCCAUGAUGUGAUUAAGGAAGCGGGGCUCCGGCAAUUGCACAUGGGGAUGAUGAAAACUUACACCAGGGGCAUCCUCAAGUUCCUUUGCCACACCAAGGCCAGGAGCAUCAUCCAUGCGGACAUCAAGCCAGAAAAUGUUCUAAUCAAGGACACCGUGACCUGCACCAUCAGGGUCACAGACUUUGGCACCAGCUUUUUUGUGAAAAGUCAACCUCUUUAUGUUGGUGGGACUCGGCCAUUCCAACCUCCGGAGGUAUUGCUGGGCUACAGAUUGACCUGUGCAGUGGACAUGUGGGCACUGGGCUGCACGGUGGCGGAGUUGGUGACCGGCAGGGAAUUAUUCCAGUCGGACAGCCACGACGACCACCUCCCGUGCUGCAUGGAGAUCCUCGGGUUGCCUCCAAGAUGUAUGAUGGAUGCAGCUCCUAAUGGAAUGCACUACUUUGAUCGUGUGGGCAUGAUGUUCUGCCCAGUCAAGAGAAGGGUGCCAGGGAGCUUGUCACUUCACGGGGCACUCAAUAGCCACGACCUGGAGUUUGUUGAAUUCGUCAGCUCCUGCCUGCGAUGGGAUCCGGAUUGUCGCAUGACGCCAGCGCAGGCGCUGGGUCACAGCUGGCUUCGGACCGCGGCCACCAGCACCACCAGCAACGCCACCACCACUGCUACUCCUGGCAGUGUACAGUGUUUUGGAGCUGCUGAGCGACGAGCGGAGCCGGCGCUGCCCCCAUCCUCCGCGCUCACCCAGGCCUCUAAAUGGCUGACGGUUGUUGUGGAGGAAGAGGAGACUCCGGUGGAGGAGCUGUUGGUGCAGGAGGAGGAGACCCUGGUGGAGGAGCUGGUGGUGCAGGAGGAGGAGACCCUGGUGGAGGAGCUGGUGGUGCAGGAGGAGGAGACCCUGGUGGAGGAGCUGGUGGUGCAGGAGGAGGAGACCCUGGUGGAGGAGCUGGUGAUGCAGGAAAUGUUGAGUUUAUAA